AUGGAACAAAAUGGAGCCAACAAUGGGCAGGAUGCAAAGCCACCGGCAUCAUCUGCAGCUGCUGGCGCAAACAAGAGCCCGAAGAAGAGGCGUAAAGUAAAUCAUGUACGACCUUGCGCGAGGUGUACAAAGCGUGGAAUUGGGCAUCUUUGUCAUGAUGAGCCCCGCGAACCGGAGUCGACCACGAAGAAAGCAGCGGCGAAGAGUCAGCAGCAUCACCAUAACAACAACGCUACAGCAGGAACAGCGGAGGAGCUGGGAGGGACACCGCCAGGUCUUAAGCUCGAAAAUUCUCUUGACAAUAGUCUAAAUAACUCGUUCGUCACAGCGGAACAACAAGGUCAAGAUCAAGUUCAGGAAAACAAAUUGAGUCUUGGAGCACCAGCAAUAUCCCGCGGUGUCCCUCUUCAGCUGGUCCAGCCUACACCGGUUUCUGGGAUACAAGCGAAUGCUCUCAAUAGUAGCAGCAACAAUCAAUUUCUUGGGUAUCCGAAUGACUGGCUUGGGUCGCAAAACCAAUUUCAAGAUAUGCAUAACUACCAUCCAUCGUACAUGUUCAACGCACCGGAAGUCACCAACGAGUACAAUCUCUUGAAUGAUUUCCUCAAUAAUAGUCUUCUAGACGACGGAGCUCUAGGUACAGAAGACACAUCAAAUUUUUAUCCUGAUCAAGCUGGCUCAAUGUUAUCGGGAGGCAAUUCUAACACGCUCACAUCAGGAGCGCAACAAGCUUCAGGUAGUGGUCCAUCAACAGGACUGAAUCCACCAGGGAAUUCGAUUUCGAGACCAGCAAGCGUCAUACCAAUUGAUAAAGCCCGCGAGUACUACCUUCAAGCGGCCGAUCCCACUGGUAACGAUGUCCCCGAAGUUAGAAUGCAACUAUUGUUAAGGGCAAAGUACGACGCCGGAAUGCUGAAGCCUUUCAAUUAUGUUAAAGGAUAUGCGAGACUUUCGGCUUAUAUGGAUGGACAUAUGCAACCGGCUUCAAAGCAAAAAAUACUCCGGCAACUGGAUCGUUUCCGCCCGAAAUUUAGGGAAAAGGUGCAAGCAUUGACAGAUAUUGAACUCAUCUACGUGGAAAUGUGGUUUGAAAGGAGUUUGAUGGAAUACGAUCGAGUUUUUGCAAGUAUGGCCAUUCCAGCUUGUUGUUGGAGGAGAACGGGAGAGAUUUUCAGGGGUAAUAAGGAAAUGGCUGAGUUAAUACAUGUUCCUAUUGAGAAAUUGCGGGAUGGAAAAAUAGCGCUCCACGAAAUCCUGACGGAGGAAUCGCUAGUCAACUAUUGGGAGAAAUUCGGAGCUAUAGCUUUUGAUUUGAAUCAGAAAGCACUUUUAACGAGUUGUUCGUUAAAGAAUCCGGAUGAUAAGAGUAAAGAUCCGACAAUUAAAUGUUGUUUUUCGUUUAAUGUGAGGAGGGAUGAUCAUAAGAUGCGGUACGAGAAGGAAGCACGAAAGGAUAUGAUGGGUAUGGCGGGUGAUAAGAGGGCUGGGGCUGGUGUUGCACGGCAGGAGGGGGGUGUUGGAGGGAAAGGGGAAGGAAUUGGGAUGCGGGGUAGUGAGGUGGAUGGAAUGGGGAUUGAGAAGGUGAAGGUGAAGGAUCAGAGGUUGAGGGGGUUGUUUGUAUUCGCACAAAAACUCGAAAACGAUCUCAAUUCCUUAGAUAAAAGCCUCAGUCGACAUGUGUUCAAUUUCACGUUUACAACUAUUGAUGGAAAUGGCACAUUCAAAGAAUUGGAGAAUAAGAUUGCUACAUUUCCGACGAAGUUAAGUGCGAGUGCGAAGGAUAAAGCACAGGAAAUGGAUGAGAAGGCGACGUGUAUUUGGAAUGUUGCGACGAGGUUGAAGAGGAGUCUCCCUGCGGAAAACGAUGAGGAUGAGGAUCGAGAAUCGAAGACUUGGGAUAAGAGGAAUGAGCUCAGAGCUGUGCUGAUUAUGGUUAGAAUGUUCGCUUUUCUGGUGUUGGAUUGUGCGAAUGAGUGUUGGAAUUCUGUCGCUCAUAUACAAGCGGAUACUGAUAGGGGUGAAGAGAAAGAGAAAGGGGAGAAAUCCAGGGGAAACUUGUUGAGGUUGAUGAGAGUGGGAAUCAAGACCGGGAAAGACUGCUUGGAUGGACAGAAGAUCGAUUAUGCGGUCAAAGUCUUGGAGAAACUUGCAGGAUAUACGGGAUACAGUGAAGAACUUCUACGUACAUUCGAAUCAUCUGGUACCUCAGAAGAAAGGGCAGCCUGCGCGAGAUGUACUGCUGAGUAUUUUGUUCUUAGAACUUUAUUGGCAUGGCGACAGGACGAUAUGCAACUCGCUGAACAUAUGUUUAAUAAAUCUAUGUCUUCCAAAGAACUCUUUGAUCAUGCUACUACCGAAAGUCUCUCGGAUACCUUAUACGAGAUGGGAAAGGCAUUACUUGAGAGCGAACAACAUGCUUUGUCCGUCAAAUGGCUGGAGCGUGCUUAUGAAGUUCUAAGUGGUGAUGAGUUAGACAAGUUGAGCGCCGAUGCUGCAGAAUUGCGAGUAUCUAUUAUUCAAUCACUCGUCAAGGCACUAUUGGAGACUAAAACGCUAGAGUCAAUACAACGGGCAAGGGACUUGAUCGACCUUCUCGAGUGCGAACUUGGAGAUAAAUUGAUAGUUCUGCUUCUAAAACUGGAACUUCUGACAGGGAUUCCAAGCGAAACUUUCGAUCAUUUGACAUAUAGUGCUAUUCUCAACAAGAUGAUUCGAACUCUUGUUUUUAAUCCGACGAAUUUGCGAUUGUUCAUGUUUCAUGUUCGGAAACUUCAUGAAAAGGCGCCGAGUUUGGCGUGUGGAGUUCUGGAUGAGACGAUUAGAUUACGAGUCAAAGAGUUGGCAAAUAUGUCAGAAUGGUUGGAGAAGACUCUUCUCACGAGAAUCUGGAUGGGUGUUAGUGGGAGAGAAACUGAGAAACUAUUUGUUGCUCUUGAAGGAUUCCUUACGAUGAUUGCGGAGAACAUUAAGAAGUCGAUCGGUAUCGAGGCUACUAUGGCUGCUCAUACGUUAAUUUGGAAGAAGAUAGAAGCAAAUUAUGGUCUAAAGCAGUAUGAGGUAACUGAGAAAUGGUGCCAUCUUGCAGUUCAUGAAUUGUUUAAGAUACCUGGAGAGGCCAAUAUUGCUAAGAUAUCUCGGAAGCUUCUUCUCUGCUCUCUAAAUCGAGGGGACAUCAAUUCCGCCCGCGAUAUGUUCACAGCUAUGUCCGAUUCAGCAAAAGAAGAGCCUUUGACACGAUUUCUUAUGUACAAAAUAGCAAUCAGAAGUGAGGAGGUUGAAUUAGCAGCAGAAUGUCUUGAAAGAGUGGCUUCAUGCACCGAAGAUCCCUCCCUGCUUUUCGCUUGUGUUCUUGAUGCACAACAAGUUGGCAACAAGAAGCAUGUUUUAGAUGCUCUUUGGUUGGUACUAGACAAGUUUGAAUAUGGCGCGCAAGAGAAUGUGCGUCUUCCGUCGAUAAUUAGGAUGAUUAUUGUUCUACUUAUUGGUUUGAUUGAUGCCGAGAACACACCAAGUAUUUACGCCAGGGAGAACAUUGAGAAACUGUGUACAAUGUUCGAAAAAGCACUCAACGCCAUUCAAAAAUCGCUGAAUCGAGGAAUAUGGACAAUUCUCGAGCUCGAAUGGUUUUCCCGAAACUCAUACAACCUAUCCCUCAAACAUCUUUCCAUCUGGGAACCACAACAAUCUCUUAGAUUGCUCGCUUGCUGUAUCGGCUUCAUUGAUCGCUACCCUCAAGAUAUCGGUGAAGAUGCUCAUGAGGACGUUACACUCCGAAAAAUGUUUUGCAAUUUCUGCGCUGCGACUAUUUUCGUUUCUAUCGCAAGAGCCGAACAGAAUGUUGAAUCACAAUUACAGUUUUAUCUUAAUUUAAGAAAACAUGUAGCGAGUUUUGAUCAUAUAUUGCAGAAAAAGCUCGAGAAACUAGAAGUGGAAAUUAUCGAAGAUUUGUUGAAGAAAUUGUCUGUUCUCCUUGCAUUUGAUUUUGAGGCCGCAUGUAGGUUGAAAGAUUGGGAUGGACUUGGAGAGAUUAUACUUAAAGCAGGGAUCUGUAAGAGUAUGAGGGUUUACGAGUUGAUGGCGGAUUGUAUCUUGAGUUGUGAGGCUCCUACUCAAGUCUUAAUCCUGACUCUCAAAAAAAUCACAAACAAAACUUGGGAAAUGGAAGAGUUCGAUACCAUCAAAUUGUCAAAAUACAUGCGUUGUCUAUUUCAGGCAGCUAUGGGAUCGGACGACAAGAUUGCAGAGGAACUUAUCGAUCAGAUUUGUAUGCUUGCUGCUGAUGCUGCCGAGACACAAGUCCCCUACCCGACCCAAGAACUCGAUUGGCUAGCAACUAAAACCUUCAACCAUGCCAUCGAUCUCUUCAGCGCAGAUCAAGAUGAAGCGUGUAAACGAUGGGCUGAUAAAUCAAUACUGAUUGCGGGAUAUUGCGAUGAUGCUGGAAGUUUGAAGAGGCUUCUGAUACAGAGAUUUGGAGGGUUGAGAUUUGAUGGGUAG